CCCUGUUUCCGGGUGCGGAUCAGAAACGCACAGAGGCAGUUGGAGUUAUUCGUGUUUGAAAGGUUUGAGCAAUGCUACUGCUGUUGUGUUUCUCAAAAGUUGUGAGGCUUGUUUGUUUGUUUCAAGGUUUUCUGGUGUAAGUAAGCCAUUAUGUGAGCAUCUAGUAUGGACGCAAAGCUGAAAUACAGCAGUAUGUGUCAGUAAACUUUGGCGCCUUGGCUUCUUUCCAAAAUAUUGAAAACAGCUGCCUUCGUCUUCUCAGUCCACAUGUGAUCUGCUGCAGAGACCUGGACCUGUUCAUGCAACUCCGGAGAAAAUAACAGAAAGCAAUUAUAUUUUAUUCUUGUAUAUAAACGGUCUAAUUUCUGCUGCCAAUAAAGGCCGCAAGUGGCUGAGUUAAGUAACACAAAACCUAGAAGUGUAGGGAUUGUUAUGCCAUAUAUUAAAUUAAAUGUAGCCUUUGAACCACUUCUUGUAUAUUAACAACAUCAAAAUUCAUUUACCAUUGCAAAGCUUUUUCAAGCAUCUAUGAAAAAUAACAGUCCAUUGUAGUUAUAAUAUGCAACUUUCUAGUUCAGUAACACAAGUGGGAAAUACAAUUAAAUGUAAAUAACUGAAUUUUAUCAUCAACAAUUUGGCUGCAGCAUUGUAGAAAUGAAAGAAACACCUUCUAGAAACUAGAGUUUAACAGUGCAGAAUAUAGCAGAAUUUGGCCUAAGCUAAGUACACACUACAGCAGAGGAUGGCCCCAGAGAUUCAAGUGAUGGUGCGUACUACCCAAGCCUGGCUGCAGUCCUCCCAGCAUGUCCAGGUGCCCUUUGCAUGGCUAGAAGCCUGCAUGGAGUGGCUACAAGAAGAAGCAGGAGGAGCAGCUCGUCUGUCACAGCAGCAAAUCAACCGGCAGGUGCUGGACCAGUGGCUCUUGACAGACCUGAGAGACCUGGACCACCCUGUUCUCCCUGAAGGGCUCGCUCAGGCCCAGAAGACUGAGCUCAAUGGUGUCUUCUGUGUCCAGGUUGACUCAUUACUGGACGUCAGUCAGCCUGCGUAUGGUCAGCUGCAGAAGUGGAGAGGCACAGACUGCGCCAACGACGACGUGUCCGCAGUCACACAGUACACUCAGAGGCCCUGGGAAGCCAGACCAACCCGUAUGCUGGUCCUGCAGGUAACAGAUGGAGUCCAGAGCUUGGAGGCGAUGGAGUGUCAGCCGAUUCCUGCUCUAACUCCAGCACUCAGGCCUGGUGCAAAGCUGCAGUUGCAGGGGCGAAUUGUUUGCAGACUUGGUAUGCUCCUGCUGGGGCCGUCCAACAUCAAGAUCCUGGGCGGGGAGGUGGAGGACUUGGUGGACAGGAAUAGCCAGGGCAGAGUGCUGUGUCGGACGCUGGGACUUCCUGAGGAGCAGCAACAGGAGGAGGAGGAAGCCCCACCAGCACCACAGCAAGGUAACCAGGACGUAGAGGACCUCGAGCUCGAUGAUGCUGAGCUGUUGGCCAGCCUGGGAGGUCGGGAGGAUGCUGAAAUGCUUGAGGUUUUACCUGCUCCUGAUAGCGGCUACGGGACGCUGCAUGAAACCUCCGCUCAGUCUUCAAGAAGCUCCUCUGUCAGGAGCUUUGUCUCAACAACCUCAUCCAGAAGUGAAACCUCCACUCACUCUUACAGAAGGGGUUUGAUCCAGAGCAACGGCCGUGCUUCUGCCCAAGGGCUUCAUGAUGCUGAUGGACAGCACAUUUCCGAGGCUGACUUCUUACCUCCUGAUGGGGUUCAUCAAGAGAUCCAAGAUGACAGCAUGGGACAUGAUAACUUUCCUGAUGAAGACUUUGACGAUCUUCCUCUAGAUGAGUUGGACAGAGCGAUUUUUCAGGAAAGUAAUACUGCUGCUGCUCAGUCUGACAGCAGUCACAGAAACACACCACAGAACAACAACAGAAUAACAGGAAAUCCUGACAGUUUGGGCAGAGGAGCAAAACCUCAAACUGCUCAGUUUGAACCACACACUCCGAGUGGCAAUUCCAGAUCCACCGCACAAAAAAGAGACUAUGAGGGUUGCAUGAGAGCAACUUCAGGGCAGUUAACCACAACAGCCUUCAAACCCUUCAUUUCCCCAGCAGUUUCAAAUGAAUUUGUUACCAAUAAUCAGACCGAUAUUAUGGAUGACGACAUGGACUGCUUUUUGGAUGAAGUAGAAGUCUAUGAAGCAGGAAGUGUAGAAACUGCACCAGAUCAGCUCCCUGUUCAACAAGGAUUUAGUAAAGACACAGAGAGUGCUGCCUUCACAACAGAAAAGUCAACCUCCAGCUGUAGACUGUCCAGCAAAUCAUCAAGACGUAUAACCGAUUCCCACAGAACACCUCAGGGACAAACAUCCACCUCAAGCACUGCAGGAUCUGACGCACUGCCUUUAAAACAAGAUCCACAGAGCGACAGCACAGACUCUGCCGUCACUCUGACCUCUUCACCCUUUACGUACUUGUGCUUGCUAGAAGAGCUGAUGUCCAAACCACAUCCCCACAAAAUCGAGAUCCAUGUCAAAGCUUUCAUUGUGACUCUCGUGGGGAAACUGAGCAGCAUCAAUGGUGUUUGGUCUGUCUCUGCCACAGUAUCUGAUGGAACUGGUUACCUGGAUGUGGAGUUGUCAAACGAGGUUUUGACGAGCCUGCUGGGCUUCUCGGUGGCAGAGAAAGGGGCUCUGAGGCGUGAUCCAGCCCGGAGAGGUGAGCUGGAUGCCGGGAUGAGGAGAUGUCAGGAAGAACUGGUGGACAUGUGCUGUAUUAUGACCAUUGUGGUGGAACCAGGGGAGAGGAAAGCGGUCGUGACCAAGGCAAAUCCCGUCAGCGAGAAAGCAGUUCAGGAGCUGGAGCAGAGGGUGAAAGACAGAAGAAAAUAAACACAGAAGUUGAGGGGAAGUGGGCGAUAAUGAGAAAAUUACAGGAGGCGGAAAAAGUAUAUUGACCUUAAGCAGAAAUGAAAAAUUGCCAACAGACUUGAGGUAAAUAUAACGUCACACAACAGCAUUGCCUCAAAAGUGUUCUUUCAUGUAGCGACACAGAGGUGCUUUUUAGGUCUGGUGAUCAACCUGCUUUUCUGCUUUGGAUUUGGAGAACAGAGACUGUAAACUAGUUGUCUGAUAUUUAGCAAUCAGUGCGUUGUAAUUGCAUACCAUCUGCUAAAUGUGAAUGACGUUCUGCCAUUUGUCUUUAGAGGAUUUCCAAAAAUGCAAAGAUGUAACUCUACUGUCUAUAAAUCUGUUUUAAUUGUUUGUUAUUACCAUAUUAAUUCAGAUAGCCCACAGUUAAGCAUCCCACGUUUUAUGCAACAUUGAGAACUACUUGAAGAGAAAAGUGAAACAUGUGAGAUGAAGAAGGGAAAGGCGGGUGUUCAUAUUCUGAUUGUGGUAAUGAAUUGCCAGCCUUUGCAUUCAUUCAGUACGACGAUUACUUCUGACUGAGAAGUGAUUGAAUAUCCAGGGGCAGUGUGGGUCUUUAAUAAACUCCCUCAGAGGAGAAUGAGAGGAGAGGAAGAUAAAGGAGAGGCCACGAGCUUCGAUUAUUGCUGUUCAUUAUGGAGCCUCAUUUUUUUUUUUUUUAUCUUUGAGGAACGCGCGCUACAAAUGUAAUAUUUUGCAUGUAUUUACUGUAUAUUGAAAUAAAAUUGCCCUGAAGGUUU